CAGCCAACAUCAACAUGGUUACAGGUUGCAUCUUGGCCUGUCAGUGUCAACGGCGGCGCAUCUCAUGCCCUACUUGCUACUACUACUUGGUACGUGCUGCUUGGUAUCGCCAAUUUCCCCCCAUGUCUCUCAUGCCCCAGCUUUCCAAUUACCCUACCAGAGACUCCCUUCACCCAUGCAAAGUGCCUUCGUGUCCUCCCUAGUCGCCAUAACCCGCCGUUGGGCACCGGGGCACACCGCCCCAGCUUUCCGGUCGGUCAGCCAGCAGGGAGCCCUGGAGGCGUCUGAGACAACAAAGACCAGCGCCAGUUUUGCCGACGGAUGGCCUUCCCCGGCAUUCCGUUUUGCUGGAUCUGCCACUUGUCUCGGUCUGGGGGAAUCGGAAUCGAGCAAUCGCUGGGUGUCUCUCGUCGCGAGCUUGCUUUUUCCUGUCCUCCCUCGUCCCCUUGAGAAGGGAUGCUAGCAAUCUGAUAGAUCGCAAAAAAGGGUAAAUCUCAUUUUGAGCCGUCGUCGGCGGAUGGCUCUUCCGCCGGCCACUCAGUGGUAUUAGUAUGGUAACACUAAUCUACCUCCUGCUUGUGGACUCAGACAACAAACGGCAUCUCGUAACCCGUGUCGUCUAGCAAGAAAGAAGCAAGACAAAAAAGAUUUGAUAUGUUUUAAUAACAAGUAGCGCUUACCCAAGCAACCAGCCGAAAAGCAACCAUGACAGGAGGAGACCGAAAAGUAAGAAGCAAAACUCAAGAAGGCACAUACCCAAAACGGACAGACAGGC